GCGACAAUGACGCCUGAGAUUCCUCAUAGUUUCUGAAACGGAGUGCAUGAAUGUAAGUUAAUAUUAACUCAUUUAGUGCAUCUGUUCUUCUUCAAGACGGUGAAUCUGCAAUUAUAAAUAGUUGAGGUUGUAUCGUAUAAUCAAUGAUUUCAUGUAUCACUUUCCAUUGUUACUGCCUUCUUUGUUUUGGAUUUGAUCUCUCCGGCUUUAACGAAUCUAUGGACGUGUUUUAUUGCAGGUGGGGAAGGAUCUGGUGGUUGAGGGAGAUAUUAGGAGAGAUGCGAUGUUUGUUGAAGUUAGGGAAGAGGAAUGGUUUGACCAAAUCUGGUGUUACGUGCUCCGGUGGAGCAGAGCAGUUGUGUCAUAUCCUUUGGUCUCCACAUACCGGCAAAAGAAAUCCAGAGACGUUAAGCGAGUGCGUUGAGUCCAAACGCGUCUAUGACGCCAUCAUUAACAACAGCUACCCAGUCCUCUCAUGAUCUCUCAUUCAAUGCCUCUCCCAAUACUUGGAUAGAGUGAAGCUGCAAGUAUAAACAUGUUCUCGGAGUAGACCACUUCUGUUGAGUUUGGAGAGAGCAUUAACUCUAUCCCUAUGUUGAAUCUCUCUUUGUAGUUAUAACAUGUCAACUCUAGACAAGACAAACAAGAGUACAUGUGAACCCUUCUUGGCAUGUUCUUUGAAUCACUGCCACUUCUAUUUCCCACGCAUAUAUCAGAGAGAUUUUGGUGUUGUAAUUGGCAGAGGAAAACAAGCUACUAAACAUUAAAAGAAACCCAGCCGCUAGAUGCAUGGAUGUUUGACUCCACAUAGGAAUGGGUAAAUCAUAAAAGAAAUGGAAACAAUAUAUGUGUUUCUCUCUUCUUUUUUAUCUCCUUUUUUUCCUUUUUCUUUUUGGGAAAGAGUUUUAGUAUCUAUAUUUCGCUUUUGGUGUAUGUCUUAUUUGAUACGUAAUUGUAAUUGCUCUGUUGACAUACACAUUUCGUAUGAAUUCCUUCAUUCAUUUUAUCUAUUUUUAUGAGUUCA